UGUGUCUAUUUUACAGCAUUUAGAAUACAGAUAGCAUUUACAAUAUUGUUGACACCAUUUCCAACGUCGUUGCCAGACGCAUAUUGUUCACAAGGUCAAUAUGGAAGUCAUGAAUCAUUCCGGACUCGCGCAAAACAGAGCCGCGUGUUUCACAAUAAAGAAAGAAAAUUCGGAUAAAUUACGUGUAACGGAACGAUCACGAACUGACAAUGAAGUUACGGCAAGAGUUCUUCCUUAUCAAACAACAGCUUUUGACUGGCUAAGUCAACGCCAGGACGUUAUCACAUGUUAUAGUGAUGGUACUUCUGAUUACGAUUCGAUGAGUUCUGCUACGUCUCCCUCUCCUCCACCAAGAGUAUAUAAACCAUGCAUGGUGUGUUCUGAUAGAUCAUCUGGUUAUCAUUAUGGAGUGUCGUCUUGCGAGGGAUGCAAGGGAUUCUUUCGUCGAACGGUACAAAAGAAUGUAGAAUACACUUGUCAUCGCAGUAAGUCGUGUGUCAUCAACAAACAAACAAGAAGUAGAUGUCAGUAUUGCAGAUUUCAAAAAUGCAUCAAAUCUGGAAUGCUGAGAGAAUCCGUCCGCAACGAUCGCAGAAAGAAGCGAGGCAAAGAAAAGUCGUGCAUUCCUCUUCGACCCUCCGGCGACCUGACAAGCAGCAGCAUGACGCAAAUUCGUGAAUUGAUAGACAAGAUAACGAGAGCACACGUCGAGACAUUUGUCAACAUUAGAGACGUGGACAAAUUUUGUUCUACAACUACGCCCGCUCCUAGCGAAGGUGCUUCGGUAGACUUGAAUCUAUGGGAUGAGUUCUGUGAUAGAUCAGCAAAAUGUAUCGUCAAUAUCGUCCAAUUCGCAAAAAGAGUUCCAGGAUUUGAUGAAUGUUCAACACCAGAUCAAGUCAUCAUGCUCAAAGCAGCUUGCCUUGAUAUUUUGAUGCUUCGCAUAUGCAACAGUUAUGAUCCUAUUCAUGAAACACUGACCUUCUCUGAUGGAUUGACGAUGAAUCGCGAUCAAGUUGAAUGCUGUGGUUUCGGACCACUCACAGAUUCCGUUUUCUAUUUUGCAAAACAUAUCAUGGCUCUGAAACUCGAUGACACAGAGACCUCGCUUUUAUGUGGAAUAUGCCUUAUCUGUCCCGACCGACCAGGAUUAGAAGAUCCAGAUAAAGUAGAAAAAUUGCAAGAAACGUUGCUCGAAGCGCUGAGAAUAUAUACCAGAUCAAACAAACCAAAGCAGCCACAAAUGUUUGCAAAAAUGCUGAUGAAAAUCACCGAUCUUAGAAGUAUAAGCAUGGAAGGUUCAGAACGCGUUGUAACUCUGAAGAACGAAGUCCCAAAUGGCGCUAUGCCACAAAUAUUCACAGAAAUGUUACAAAGAGAUGCAUAUUGAAGUUUGGCAAUCUGCUUGAUGUGCUACAAAAAUACAGAAUAAAGCAGCGAGAUCCAUCAAUCGUAGCUCUUCAACUCCACAGACACCAUUUAUUGACAAAAUUGAUUGAAACUGCUAGUUCCAACUCUCGAUGGCCAAGGGGCUGGUGCAUUCAUUUAAAAUAACGUCCAGUCCGAGGAUUAAGAAGCAAAAUUGAACGUAUAAGUUCGACUAUUCUUUGAUAGAUGUUGUAAAAGGAAAGCGUUAACGUGGAAAUAAAUUUACUCCAGCAUAAGUACUUGAGAAUUCGUACUCUGACACGUGGUUGGGUUGACGUUAUUUUACAAAUUUGUGUACUGUUGUGAUAUGGAAGGCCCUCCAGUACCCUCACCGAUUCUCCCCACCGAAAAAGUUCAAACGUACUUGGAUGCCGUUAUUGUAUCCAUUGUUCCGUCUUUCAGAUGCAAAAAUGGAAUAUCUCGUACUAAAUGACAAGACAGACAUUUACUAAGAAGGACUGAUUUGUUUUCUUACUCUUUCUUGCUACCGCCAAGCGGCUUUUUGUUCAGCAAUAUUUGAUGUAGAUUUCUAAUUAAUAUUAUUCUAGUUAUUUUUUAUUAUUAAAGCUUAAAUCGUAGUAAUUUUUGAACAUAUUCGUUCAGACGCUCGUAAGUUUUCUUUUCUUUUUUCUCUGCGCCGUUUCACAUAUCGCGUAAGGUAUUUAAGUGCAUUUUGUAGCAAGUUGAAUAAAUAUUAUGCUAACUAUGUAAUGACAGUCCAUUUCAUUUUUAUUCAGCAGUACAAUUUAUUUUGCAGCUUUCACUGUUGAGAAAGUUGUAAUUGUGGUGUAUAGAUGCAUUGGCCAACAACAUGUUAUUCUUCUUUUUGCCUUCAAAUCAGAAAUUGUUCUCUGAUUAAAUAUAAAUCUUUUUAUGAAACUCUAAUCUGGUUUAUACCAAGCUAAAAUACUGAAUUUAUUGAUGUUUCUAAUAUCGUGUCUUAUCCUUUGGUAUUACAAACAACUAUGGUGAUCUAGAGGGGACAUUUUUUUCUUUAUUUCUCUAUUUUAAGUCAGGAAACCCAAAUAAUUGAAUCAAAGUUUUUUUGCAAAUAAUAAUUAUCAUUUCGUGGUUCGCCGAGGAUAAAAUUCUCUUUUUUUUACUAUGUGCUUUAUUCGUUCGCAAUUUUAUUUUAUGUUAAUAUAUCGUGCACUGUUUGUAAAAUCGUUUUUCUUGUUACCAUUUUUCAGUAAUUUGAAUGAAAUAUUCAAUUCAAUUUUUUCCGACUUUCUCAUCAAUAACAUAAUUUUGACUACUUUGGCUAUGUUACAUGAUAAAAUUACUUCAAAAUGCCAGUAAAUUGACUAUAGAUUUAUAGAAGUGUGUCAAGUAGCUUGAUUUAUUUGACCAUUCACAAUGUGUUAUUAUUCUCACUUUAUGUUCCAGUGCUUUUUUUGCAAACGAUGUCAAUGAAAUGAUGCAACAAAUG